AUGGAAUAUGAACUGAACGCCAGUCACACCCUCCUGCUGAAGAAGAUCUUCAUUCUAUUCCGCCAUGUCUCCUCCAACGUUCAAAUAGUCGCCACCAACAACGGGCUGAACCUGUACGCACUCAACGGCUCAAACUCGGCGUGGCUACACAUCCAGCUGGGCAGGCAGUUCUUCAGGUCCAUACAGCUGCAGGAGCACGACCUAAGGGAGGAGGACGAGGAAUACGAAACCUCCCAGGGGAAAUACUGGCUAGUCUCCACCAAAAACAUCUGCCAAGCGCUAUCGAUUGUGUCGCCAGCUGGUUACAGGAGCCAGGGGUACUGCGCAGUGUUCCUCAAAGACGUGGGACAGGGCGAUGACAACACCGUGAGGACGACGGUUGCGCUGGAGAAACUCGUCAUCAGAGAGGAGGCGGAGCACGGCAACGUUCUCUCCUUUGUCCUGAGCUGCGCUGGGGAGCACAUUCAGCGAUCAGCCAUUAUCUCAUACGAGGAACAGAAACUGUCCGUGCCGGAUGACAUCGACUGGCUCAACUGGCACUACCUCAGGAUCCAGCCGACCAUACUGUACAAGAGCAUAAACCCGUACUGGUCGCCAUUCGAUGACAUCGCCAUAGCUUAUGACGCCAAAAAAGAUCACGUGUCCCUGACGAUCGUCAAAAGCUCUGUGAAAAACACAGGAAGGACCAAAACGAGAGCAAGCAGGCGCGCCGGCAUCUCGGGCAAAAUAACUAUCAACAGCAGUCACUUCCUAAAGCUCAAAUUCGACGAAAGGGUGGAACCGCCCAAGGACAUCACAAUAUCGCUGAAGGAACUUCUAUCGCUAUCCUCGUUCUGUGAAUCGCUCAAGAGCCCCCUGUCGCUGCUUCUGAGGCAUGCGGGAGACCCCGUCAUAGUGCUCUUUGGUGAAGCGGUGGACCUUGCAGAAAACACCACCGGGCAAAUUAGCAUCCACCAAAUCAUCGCCGAGGCCGCGGGACAGGAAUACGGAGAUGCGUAUGACAGUCUGUUCCUCUCCAACCAGAACAAGGCUUGGAGUGGGUCGCUGUGGCUGAGCUCGAUACAGCUGGAAAAUAGCAACGCCGAAGAGACCACGCAAAUAGCAGAAUCGGUAAAAACGUUUGGAGCCACACCUGCAGAGUACGAGCCAAAGACAGACCCAACACCGAUUCCGGAGUCCUUUACGGCUUCGGUUGUAGAACGGGUGCCGGAGCCGGUUCAAGAGCGGGUUAUAGAACCCGUUAAAUCGCCAGUUCGGGCAACUCCGAAGGCAGAACCCAGGGAUAUCUACGAGGAGAUCUUCGAGGAGCCGUCACAUGAGAAAACUCCGACACAAGAGACGCCAGCCGGAUUCGGCAACCUGAGCAGGCAGCAGCGGGACCUCAUAUACAGAACGCUGGCGCUAGAUUUUAUGCCAGCAGCCAAAUUAGAAACUGUAAAAGGGCCUAACAGCAACGUUGGGAGCACUCCCAUUGGUGGCAGCGAGUACGAAAGCACCCUCGAAGGAUCGUUGGAUUCUGCGCCUCGGGAAAGGGUGGAAACGGUGUACGACCAAUUGGCUGGGAUAUGGUAA